AUGGGAGACUGGGGAUUUCUGUCCACCUUACUGGAUAAGGUCCAGUCCCAUUCCACAGUGAUCGGGAAGAUCUGGAUGAGCGUGCUGUUCAUCUUCAGGAUCCUGGUGCUGGGGGCGGGAGUGGAGAACGUCUGGGGGGACGAGCGAUCCGACAUGGUCUGCAAUUCCAACACGCCGGGCUGCGAGAACGUCUGCUACGACUGGAAGUUCCCCAUCUCACACGUCCGCUUCUGGGUCAUGCAGAUCAUCUUCGUGUCCACGCCUACGUUACUGUACCUGGGUCACGCCGUCCACGUCAUCCACCAGGAGAACAAGCUGAGGGAGAACCGCCAAGCGAAGACGCCCAGGUACACCGACGCAGACGGCAAGGUCAAAAUCAAGGGCAAGCUGUUGUGUAGCUACCUAACUCAGCUGUUUCUGAAGAUCGUCCUGGAGCUGGCCUUCAUCGUGGGUCAGUACUACCUGUACGGGUUUGUGAUGACCCCCGUGUUCCUCUGUGAUCGCCCACCGUGCCGCAUGACCACCGAAUGCUUCAUGUCCAGGCCAACCGAGAAGACCAUCUUUAUUAUUUUCAUGCUGGCGGUGGCGUGUGUGUCGCUGGCGCUGAACCUGCUGGAGGUUUGUUACUUGGUUUGUUGUAGGGUAAGAAGGUCAAGACCCAAAAAAUCAGAAACAGCGUCCAGCUUGGAGAGCAUUAAAGAAAACAGCAGGAACACAGAACUCGAGAGGGUUUGGGCUCAGAGGAGCCUAAGGACUGAAGUGUGAACACUGACUGAAAUACUCUACAUGAGCAAAAGUAUGUGGACACACCUUCUAAUUAACUUCAGGUGUACUAAAUUUGUGGAAGGUCCCAGUUCCAGCAUGACUC